ACCAUAACUUCUAAAAUAGGAGGCGCAUCACGUCCACAGUGGAAUGGUCGGCAAGCUGUGGACUUUCCGUCCGCGCUCAAAAGGCCAGCAUAUCUACUAGAAUCGGCAGAAAUUUAUUCUCCCCCCAUACUCGCACUGCCCGUUUGCUGAGUCCUCCUUGUCCUCUUUGCCAGCGCUUGCCCUCCCCCCUUGACAGCGCUGCCCCUCCCCUAAAUCAGUUUCGACAUGGAGCCUAGAGCUUACAGCAGCGCGACGAACAUUGUCGCUCUUCAGAACCUUCGCGCCAGAGGCGUGCCCGAUGUUCCCGAGGAUGUUGACUUUCUCAUGGAGCAUCUCAACGACCCCAACUUUGACUACCAUGCCGAACUUCCCUCUCCCACCUCCUCCACUACUGAUGUGUUUGAGCUUGAGCAGAAAAAGGUACCAAUGUCAGAGUACUCUGGCGGUGCCUCGGACUUUGAUACAGAGUCCCGAGCUGAGUCUACAACGCGCUACUCAACUACUUCGAGAACCACCACGCCUUCGACGUUCGAAUACGACGACGAAUCACCUUACCCUGAAGUUCGAGCUGCUGUCUCCGGCAUUGAUGACCCAACCAUGCACGUGAAUACGUUCCGCAUGUGGGUGUUGGGUAUCUUUUAUACCAUCCUUAUCUCGGCUCUUAAUCAGUUUUUCUCUAUGCGCUACCCUUCUAUCAUUAUCACUGGCAUUGUCGCUCAGUUGACCGCCCUGCCCCUUGGCAAAGCGAUGGAGCGUGUCCUCCCCACCACCCGCUUCAAUACCAUGGGAUACACAUGGUCAUUCAACCCGGGACCCUUCAACAUCAAGGAGCAUGUACUCAUCACUGUCAUGGCGAAUGUUGUAGUCAGCGGUGCCUAUGCCACCGACAUUAUCGCGACCCAGAAGGUCUUCUACAACCAGACCCUCAGUAUCUCCUAUGAACUCUGCCUUGUUCUUUCAACUCAACUCAUCGGUUUCUCCAUGGGUGGCCUUCUUCGCCAAUUCCUUGUCUGGCCAAGUAGCAUGAUCUGGCCCGGUGCACUUGUCAGCUCCGCCUUAUUCAACACUCUACACAAGUCAUAUGGCAAGCCUGAGCGUCGCCACAUCUCCCGGGAGAAAUUCUUUUGCAUUGCACUGGCAUGCAGUUUCGUAUGGUACUGGGUACCAGGAUACUUGUGGACUGGCUUGAGCAUGUUCAACUGGGUCUGCUGGAUUGCACCUAACAACGUGGCCGUGAAUGCGCUCUUUGGCACGUCCACAGGUCUUGGGAUGGGCAUUUUCACCUUCGACUGGUCCAUGAUCUCGUACAUUGGAAGCCCCUUGGUGACUCCUUGGUGGUCUGAGGCCAACACCGUCGUUGCCCUUGUGAUUUGUUUCUGGAUCAUUACGCCGAUCAUCUAUUUCACAAACACGUGGUUCACCGCGUACUUGCCGAUUUCGUCUUACUCGACUUUUGACAACACGGGAAUGCCCUAUAAUCCCUCUCAGGUGGUGGCCAAUGCCACUUUCAACGUUGCGCAGUACGAGGCUUACUCGCCCGUCUUCAUGACGGCAACGAUGGCUAUUGCAUAUGGUGUUGCAUUCGCCGCCUUCUCUUCAGUGGUUGUGCAUACCUUCUUGUGGUACCGCCGUGACAUUGUCCGCCGCUUCAAGAGCAGCCUCAGGGAUGAACGUGAUGUUCAUUCGCGGCUGAUGCAGGCAUACCCCGAAGUUCCCCAGUGGUGGUAUGUCAUCCUCGGCCUCGUGAUGCUUCUCCUGCUCUUCGUCACGGUGGAGAUUUUCCCUACGGAACUCCCCAUCUGGGCUAUUUGCGUUGCUCUCGGUCUCGCCGCACUGCUCGCGAUUCCGGUUGGCAUGCUCCAAGCUAUUACCAAUCAGCAGAUUGCCUUGAAUGUGAUGUUCGAAAUGAUUGGUGCCUACUUACUCCCUGGAAAACCCGUCGCUGUCAUGAUCUUCAAAGCUAGCGCAUACAUGGGUACAAACCAGGCAGUUGGGUUUGCAGGCGACUUGAAGCUUGGUCAUUAUAUGAAGGUGCCCCCUCGUCUCAUGUUUACGGCACAAGUCCUCGCCGCCUUCGUCAGUUGCAUCGUUGUCACUCUCGUGCAGAACUGGAUGUUUGCCAACAUUGUGGACAUCUGCCAACCUACCCAGCCUCAGUUCUUCGUUUGCCCAUCCACUGGCACUUUCGCGAGUGCGUCCCUCCUCUGGGGCAGCAUCGGCCCCCACCGUCUCUUCAGCCCGGGUGCCAUGUACAGCCCAUUGUUGUGGUUCUUUGCCGUCGGUGCCCUUCUUCCAAUCCCAUUCUACUACCUCGCUCGCCGAUUCCCCCUCUCUUACUGGAGAUACAUCAACAUUCCCGUUUUCUUCGCAGGCAUUGGCGCCAUGCCUCCUGCCAGUGGCAUCAACUUUGCGUCUUGGGCAAUUGUCGGCUUCAUCUUCCAGUGGUUUAUGCGCCGCUACCACUUCAGGUGGUGGAUGCGCUACAACUACAUCCUCUCUGCUGGCCUCGACGCAGGCGUUGCGCUCAGCCUCAUCGUCAUCUUCUUCGUACUUCAGAUGCCGAAAGGUGGAAUUACCUUCAACUGGUGGGGUAACACUGUCUGGAUGAAGACCGCAGACGCACUGGGCACGCCUCUCUAUGUGAUGCCUCCCGGACAAACAUUUGGCCCUUCGACUUGGUCAUGAAAAUGUUACAUCGGACGGAUGACCUUUGUACCAGUAUUUGUAAAAUCCCCCCCUCCGCACUGCAUGACUGAACACGAGAUAUUACCCACUUCUUUCGUAUUACUUAUCCGACCACAACACUGUCCUUCACUUCUUAUUAGCCAUCAAUUGUUGCAUUACUUUCGCAUCUUCGCAUUACCAUUAUUUUCUUCCGGUUCUGGUGACUGCAUUAACUCAC